AUGGAGAACAAUCAAAGAGAGAAAAUUUUUCUUACAAGGUGCAAAGUGAAAGAGAGAUUGUGUGACAUGAUCAUUGAUUCGGGGAGUUUCACUAAUGUGGUAUCUACUCUAAUUGAUAAAUUGAAGCAUCCUACAACCGAACAUCCUCAACCAUACAAGCUCCAUUGGCUAAGAAACACUAGUGAGGUAACAAAACAAGCCUUGAUUUCUUUUUCUAUUGGCAAAUUUAAUGAUCAAGUGAUUUGUGAUGUUUGUCCAAUGGAUGCAUGCUACUUAUUGCUAGGGAGACCUUGGCAAUUUGAUAGAUUUGUGAAGUAUGAUGGUAGAACUAAUAUGUAUGUUGUUAAAAAGGGAGAAAAAGACAAACCAGUUGCUUUGAAACCCUUAAUUUCAAAUCUACCAAAGAUCACUUCUAAUUCGAAAGGCUUGCUGAUGAUUAAUGAGAAAGAAUUUGAUAAAGCAGUGGCGCAAGAAGGUUGCUUUUAUGUGUUGGUUUCAAAGGAAAUUAAAGAAGAAAGUAAGGUGCAAACACCUUCGGUUUUGGAGCCUAUUUUGCGUGAGUUCGAUGAUGUGUUUCCGGAUGAAUUACCACCUGGAUUGCCUCCAAUUCGUGGUAUUGAACAUCAAAUUGAUUUAAUUCUGGGAGCUCCUUUACCAAACAAAGCUGCUUAUAGAAGUAAUCCUGAAGAGACUAAGGAGAUGCAAAGGCAAAUUGAAGAACUCAUGGUGAGGGGUUAUGUGCGUGAGAGUAUGAGUCCUUGUGCGGUGCCUACAUUACUUGUUCCUAAGAAAGAUGGGAGUUGGCGCAUGUGCAUAGAUAGUAGGAGUGUGAACAACAUCACAAUCAAAUACAGAUUUCCAAUUCCAAGGCUAGAUGAUCUACUUGAUGAGCUACAUGGUUCGAAAUAUUUUCAAAAUUUGAUCUCAUAA